AGGAUGUGGUCAUGUAUUACAGACUUCUUCACCUACGAAACCACCAAGUCGGUGGUAGUGAAGAGCUGGACCAUCGGCAUCAUCAACCGUGUCGUCCAACUCCUCAUCAUCUCUUACUUUAUUGGGUGGGUGUUUGUCUAUGAGAAGGCUUAUCAGGUGAGAGACACAGCAAUUGAAUCCUCAGUGAUGACCAAGGUCAAAGGUUUUGGGGUCUAUAAUGACAAAGUCAUGGAUGUUGCAGACUACGUCACUCCUACACAGGGAGCUUCAGUGUUCUGCAUUAUCACCAAAAUGAUCACAACAGAGAACCAAGUCCAAGGAUACUGUCCUGAGAGUGAGAAGAAGUAUAAUUGUACAAAGGACAGCCACUGCUCAAGGUUCAUUAACAAGCCAGGAAGUAAUGGAAUUCCUACGGGGAGGUGUGUUCCUUUCAACGCCACCUUAAAGACGUGUGAGAUAAAAGGGUGGUGUCCUGCUGAGAUCGACACUAUCAAGACUACACCAAUGAUGGAGGUGGCGAAUUUCACCAUUUUCAUCAAAAACAGCAUCCGCUUCCCAUCCUUCAACUACACCAAAGGGAACUUCCUCCCCAACAUUACCAAUGAUUACAUUAAAAAAUGUAAUUUUGACAUAGACAACAACAUCUACUGCCCCAUCUUUAGAGUGGGAGACGUGGUCCGCUUUGCAAACCAGAACUUCACCAAAUUGGCAGACAAGGGAGGAGUGAUAGGAAUAAAGAUCGGCUGGAUGUGUGAUCUGGACAAAUCAGACGACCAGUGUAACCCGUCAUACUCAUUCACCCGACUGGAUGCCAUGUCACAGAAGAAUGCUGUCUCACCUGGAUACAAUUUCAGGUUUGCCAAAUACUACAAAAUGGACAAUGGGACUGACUACAGAACAUUGGUCAAAGCCUACGCUAUUAGGUUUGAUGUGCUUGUCAAUGGGAAUGCAGGGAAGUUCAACAUGAUCCCUACACUCAUCAACAUGGUGGCAGCCUUCACUUCAGUGGGAGUGGGCACGGUGCUGUGUGACAUCAUACUGCUGAACUUCCUGAAAGGAGCGGAGCAGUACAAGGCCAGGAAAUUUGAAGAGGUGUCAGACACACCUAUGGAUACCCAGGGCAGGGGGCUGUACCGUUCCCAGCUGUCACUCAGACAUAAUGAGACCAUCAUGAGGUCCAGUGACUCAGGAGCAUUUUCUAUUGAACAUUACAGCUAA